UGUUUACAACAGAAUUCUAAAAAAGUGUAUUUAAACACACCAAAAUUAAAUUCAGGUUUAUAUGACCAAGUUUAUAUCCAAUUUAGUAGAUUCUUUAUGCAAAAACAUGAUUACCAAAAAGAUAACAAGGAAAAAUUUAUACCUUUUGAUAAGUUGAGCACAAUCCGCAGUGAUGAAGCUAGACGAAGUGUUCUAGUCCAAGUCAAUUCUGAAGAAUCCUUCAAUGAACUUCAAGCUUACUGCUCACAAUACGGAGACGUCCAAAAAACCUAUCACUUUGUCAUCAGCACAGGUCAUUUCAUGCUUGUUGAAUUCCUCAAAGAAUCGGACGUGGCCACAGUAUUAAAAAACAGCAACCACAUCUCUGGUGCAAGCAUUCCUACCCAAUCUCCAUUUCUGUGGUUUCGAGCACCUACUUCUAAAUCAACAAAGAAGAAGUCACAAGCCUCAAAUAAAAUACUUACCAUUAAUGGUUUAAGUUUUAUGACAGAUAAUGAAGUCAAUUCUUUAUUGCAUUCUGCCCAGGAUGUAAAUGAGCAGAUAUUAAUGUUGUACAAGGCGACUUGUUUAAAUGAAUUAGAGAUUAGACUGAGAUACUUCACAGCAAGACAGGUGGAGCUUGUUUUGUCUGGUUUGUUUCCAAAUGUGAAUGUUCGUCCUUUUGGAUCAUCUGUUUCAGGAUUUGGUAAACAAGGAUGUGAUCUGGAUUUAGUUUUGAGGCUAGAUCAGGAAAAAGCUCAGAAUGAAGAUUCAAGAUUUGUGUUCCACACAAAAACCACUUUAAAUAAUGGAAGAACAAACACUCAACGUCAAAUGGAAGUUGUAGGUGAUUUGUUACAAUUAUUUACACCUGGUUGUGCUAACGUACGCAAAAUACUGCAGGCAAGAGUACUAAUCAAGUAUUACCAGGAAUACGUCGGUUUGGAAUGUGAUUUGUCCAUGACCAACCUAACCGGUGUGUACAUGUCCGAAAUGUUAUACAUAUUGGGUAGCAUCGAUGCUAGAGUUUGUCCUUUGGUGUUCACAAUAAGAAAAUGGGCAAAGAGUGUCGGUUUAACAAAUCCUUCACCAGGUCGUUGGAUAUCAAAUUUUUCCUUAAGCUUGUUGGUAAUUUUCUUUUUGCAGCAGGAAAGACAGAAUGGUGCAGUUUUGCCUAAGGUCAAACAUCUUAUAGACAAUGCAGGUAAAGAAGAUUGCCGUAUAACCGAAGACCACAUCAACUGCACAUUCCUCCGAGACAUAAACAACCAACAAAUUUGGAACCUCAAUAACACAGACACUCUCUACGAACUCCUCAUGAAAUUCUUUGACUUCUAUUCCACAUUUGACUUCAACAGCCAUGCGAUAUCCAUCAUCAAAGGCAUCCAAGUUUCCAAACCAGAUCAUUCACCAAUGUACAUUAUAAAUCCUCUAGAACCCCAAUUAAAUGUUAGCAAAAACGUUAGUUAUGAAGAAACCCAAAGAUUCAAAAUAGAAGUUAGAAAUGCCUCCUGGAUUUUAGAAUCCGUAGCUGAUCGUGAUGUAGAUAGAAAUAAACCAUGGGGCAUACUGAGUAUCUUUCAAAAUCAUCAGUCUACUUUAAAGAUACCUAAUUUUUUGCUCAAUCAAGAUAAACCGAGGAUGGUGGAGGUUAAACAGUUGUUUGAUGAUGAACAACAUGUUGAAUUGAGGAAUGAUAAUGUUAAGAAACAAAUUGAGAAUAUUAAAAGGGCGACGUUGAAUGAAAUUAAGAGAUUUAAAAGUCCAAGAGCGAGACGAAGGUGAAUAUAAUUUGUAAUUUAUAGUCACAAA